AUGGGUUUAUUUGGGUACGUAGGCGCAAAGGGGCGAGCCUCGAAGCGUGCAACUCCGAAUCCUACUUCAACACCUCAGAGUGUAAGUAGCGAUGAGUAUGUCGAGCCUGAGGGCAGCGAUGGUGAAGACGAUAACUUGAAAGGCAUGCUCUACGUCGUGGAGAAAUUUACGCUGCAAUCCUACAGCCAAAAAUCACAGGCCGUAAAACAGGAUCCGCAUUUUGGAUACAAAGAUUUCUCUUCCCUUGCAUUGAAACCCGAUCAUGCAAACCGCCCACUUUGGAUAGAGCCCCUAAAGGGGACCAUUACACUGGAGAGCUUUUCUCCGUUAGCAUCACAAGCGCAAGAUUUUCUGACAACUAUCGCUGAACCCUUGUCACGGCCCACGCAUCUCCAUGAAUAUCGGCUCACAGGCAACAGUCUUUAUGCUGCCGUGUCCGUCGGACUUCUUCCUACAGAUAUCAUCAAUUUUCUUGAUAGGUUAUCGAAAACUCCUCUUCCUGAAACUCUAAAAUCGUUUAUUAUCAAUUUCACGAAAUCAUAUGGAAAAAUAAAGCUGGUGCUGAAGCAUAACCGGUUCUUUGUGGAAAGCUCAGAUACAGCUACUCUGCAGAUGCUUCUGAAAGAUGAAGUUAUUGGACCGCAGAGAAUAGAGUCAUCCGAAAUUACACAACAGGCAGCCCCGAAAAUGGGCGGGUUAGUAAUUCCAGGAACCAAGGAUGCGGCUAUGAUGAAGCAAGCGCCAGACCAACGCGCGGCUCAGGUGUCAGAGAGGCCUGCCCAAUCAAAUGAAGAUGACAUUCUAGUGAACUUACGAGAGGAAGAUGACGACGAAGAACAAGCACAGGUUCACAGCUUUGAAAUUCCAAAUACAGCAGUGGAGUCAGUGAAGGCUAGAUGCCAAUCCAUGGGCUGUCCAGCACUUGAGGAAUACGAUUUCCGCAAUGAUGAGAUCAACCCAACUUUGGACAUUGACCUCAAACCCAUUGCUCAGAUUCGAAGCUACCAAGAAAAGAGUCUGAGUAAGAUGUUUGGUAACGGGCGAGCAAAGAGUGGGAUUAUCGUCCUUCCGUGUGGUGCUGGUAAAACGCUGGUCGGUAUUACUGCAGCAUGCACUAUCAAAAAGGGAACUAUCGUCCUCUGCACUAGUUCCAUGUCCGUUGUCCAGUGGCGGAAUGAAUUUAUUCGAUGGUCAAAUAUUGACCCGAGUGAUAUUGCCAUCUUCACAUCGGACAACAAGGAGAAGUUUCGACGGAGUACAGGAGUUAUUGUAUCUACGUACUCGAUGGUUUCACAAACCCGAGCUAGAUCUCAUGACGCCGAAAAGAUGAUGGAGUGGCUGCAGUCUCGGGAGUGGGGGUUGAUGUUGUUGGACGAAGUACAUGUCGUGCCCGCCUUUAUGUUCCGAACAGUCACAUCCGCUAUAGCUACACAAACCAAGCUCGGAUUGACAGCCACGCUUCUCCGAGAGGAUGAUAAAAUCAAAGAUUUAAACUUUCUUAUUGGGCCCAAGCUCUACGAAGCUAACUGGAUGGAGCUUGCAGAGCAAGGUCAUAUUGCCAAAGUUCAAUGUGCAGAAGUGUGGUGUCCCAUGACUACCGAGUUUUAUACCGAGUAUAUGCGUGAAAAGUCCAGGAAAGCCGCUCUUUUAUAUAUCAUGAACCCCAGGAAAUUCCAGGCCUGUCAAUUCUUAAUUGACUACCAUGAAAAACGAGGCGAUAAGAUCAUUGUCUUUUCAGACAAUGUCUUUGCACUCGAACGUUAUGCUUUGAAGCUGAAGAAAGCUUACAUUUAUGGUGGAACACCGCAAAACGAACGUCUGCGGAUUCUUGAAAACUUCCAACAUAAUGAACAAGUGAACACAAUAUUUCUCUCUAAGAUUGGCGACACAUCUCUCGACCUACCAGAGGCGACCUGUUUGAUUCAAAUAUCAUCUCACUACGGGUCUCGUCGACAGGAAGCUCAGCGACUGGGGCGUAUCCUUCGAGCUAAGCGUCGUAAUGAUGAAGGUUUCAACGCUUUCUUUUACUCCCUUGUGUCAAAGGAUACCGAUGAGAUGUUUUACUCUUCCAAACGUCAAGCUUUCUUGGUCGAUCAAGGCUACGCGUUCAAGGUGAUCACCCAUCUGCAGGGUAUUGAAAAUCUCGAGGGUCUUGCGUAUGCUACAGCCGAAGAGCGCCUGGCACUGUUAGCUGACGUAACACUUCAGAAUGAAACUUCUGCUGCGGUUGAGGAAAAUGCUGAUGAUCUGUUCAAUGAUCGGUCGGCUGGAGGGAAAUCUCGUGGUAAUAAGAAGUCUGUGCGUAGGAAUGCUGCAACCCUCAGCGGACUUGCUGGAGGAGAAGAUAUGGCUUAUAUCGAACACAACAAGAGUCGAAAUAAGCAGUUGAAAGAACGGAGUUCUUUCUUCAAGAAAAUUGAUCGAGAUCGGGCGAAGCGGAAGAAGAUGCUAGAGCAAUAG